AUGAAGAGAAAGCAACCCGAAGAUACCGUUCCCGCGGGCGAAACUGAGAAGCGCGUCAAGACAGAACAGUCUACUACCACUGAGCUUUCCUUCGCCGAUCUUGGACUCGAUACACGGCUGGUUCAGGCCGUCGCCGCCGAGAGCUUUAAGGAACCGACCCCAGUGCAGCAGAAGGCUAUCCCGUUGGCCUUGGACGGAAAGGAUGUCGUCGCAAAGGCUCCCUGCGGCUCUGGAAAGACGGCAGCGUACGUUCUGCCAGUGCUUUCUAGCAUCCUGAAGCGCAAGACUACCGACUCUUCACCCGCCACAACCGCCCUCAUUCUUGUGCCGACUCGCGAGCUCGCCGACCAAGUUCUCAAAGCGAUCGAGAAGUUCUCAGCGUACUGCGCGAAAGAUAUUCACGCUAUCAAGCUUGUCGACAAGAUCUCCGACGCUGUCCAGCGCUCCCUCCUCUCCAACUUCCCCGACGUCGUCAUUUCCACACCAGCCACCGCGUGGCGUAACAUCGUUUCCGAAGCGUUGUUGCUGGGGAAUCUGACGUCCAUAGUCCUUGACGAGGCCGACCUUAUCAUGUCUUACGGCUACAACGAGGAUCUGGAGAACAUUGCAAGAAAGCUGCCCAAGGGUGUCCAGUUGACAAUGAUGAGCGCAACACUUUCAACGGAUGUCACUACGCUACAAGGGACUUUCGGCAGGAAACCCACGAUAUUGGAUCUUGACGACGAGGAGACGGAAGGGGACAGUCUUUCUCAGUUUGUUGUCAGUUGCGGAGAGGACGAAAAGUUUCUUUUGGCGUUCAUUAUCUUCAAGCUCAAGCUCGUCAAGGGAAAGUGCCUGAUUUUUGUCAACGAUGUCGACCGUUCGUACCGCCUGAAGCUUUUCCUCGAACAGUUUCAGGUCCGGAGCUGUAUCCUCAACUCCGAGCUGCCAGUCACAUCAAGGGCGCAUGUCCUCGAAGAGUUCAACCGCGGAGUGUACGACAUUAUUAUUGCAUCCGACGAAAAGAGCGCCAUGGGUGCGGAGGAAAAGGAUGGUGAGGAAGAAGAAGACACGGAGCAACGCCAGAAGGAGAAGGAACAAUCAAAGAAGAAGCGCAAAUCAAAGCGAGACUCCGAGUUCGGCGUAUCGCGAGGUAUCGACUUCAAGAACGUUGCCGCAGUGGUCAACUUUGACCUUCCCACAUCCGCCUCGUCAUACACUCAUCGCAUUGGACGUACAGCGCGAGCCGGCCGGACAGGCAUGGCUCUGUCCUUCUACGUCCCUACCGAAUUGUACCGCAAGCACUUGCCGACGAGCAUAGAGACGGCCGAACACGAUGAGAAGAUUCUGGCGAGAAUCAAGAAGCAGCAGGCGAAGCAGGGCAAGGAGGUCAAACCCUACAGCUUCAAGAAGGAGCAUCUGGAUGCGUUCAGAUACCGUCUAAAUGAUGCGUUGAGAGCAGUCACUAAGGUGGCGGUUCGCGAAGCGCGUAUGAGAGAGUUGAAGCAGGAACUCCUUAAGAGCGAGAAACUCAAGAGAUACUUCGAGGAGAACCCUACGGAACUCCAACAUCUCAGGCACGACGGAGAACUGAGAACAGCUCGACAGCAGCCCCACCUGAAGCAUAUACCCGAGUACUUGCUCCCGAAAGAGGGAAAGGAUUCUCUCACAAAGAACGAUGUCGGCAUGGUGCCAUUCCGCAAGGUGGGUGGUAAACAGAGGAGGAAUAAGGGCAAGCCAGGACGCAAGAAGAUUGGUACGCGGAAAGUCAACCCUCUGAAGACUUUCAAGGCCCGGAGGAAGUAA